AUGUCUUCCACCUCGAAAGCUCUCUUGCUCGUCUACACUGAGCCCGGCGCGAACGUCGAUGAGGCAGAUUUCAAUCACUGGUACGAUAAUGAACAUGUCCCCCUUCGUGCGAACAUCCCGGAGGUGUUCACAGGGGGUAUUUCCCGGAUCAAGUCUAUCGACGGCUCGAAGCCUGCCUUUGCCGCAAUCUACGAUGUCGAAUCGGCCGCGGCGCUGCAGAAGCCAGCAUACAGCAACCUCACAGAGACACGUAGCGAGCGGGAGCGCGAUAUAUUCGCGAGGAUCGGGGUUGUCGACAGGCGCGUCUAUGAGGCUUACGCUGGUCCGUCCAUCCCACCCUCGCCGCGAUUCGACGAGAACAAGGGAGGCGCGUACACUAUAGUGGUGGAGAAAGAGGUCCCAGGAGAGGCGGAGGAUGACUUCAAUAAGUGGUAUGACGAGGAACACAUUCCGCUGCUUUCGCGUAUUCCUGGUUGGCUGCGCAGUCGGCGCUUCGUCCUCGUAGAAGAGAGCGUCUUUGGCACAGACACGGGUCCGCACAAGCGCACCGGACGUCCGGCCAAGUACCUUGCCGUUCACGAGUGGGAGACAUCGAACGCAUCCGGGAAGUCAGACACUCCGGAAUAUAAGGAGGCGAUGGACACGGAAUGGAUGGUUAAGGUCAACAAGACGCUUAUCGCAAGGACCAAGCGUGAAUUUGAACUCCUCAGGGCGUGGUGA